AUGUCGAACUUGAUGUCCAAGAAGUCCGAAAUACGCAUAUUGAUCCCGGAACCCCACUGGUUCUCCACCUGCGCAGCCCUAGCGGGGAAAGCCACUGGACCUGGAGAGGUGUUGCUUGUCACCGACCCUGAAGACUGGUCCGAGGAGAACGUUUGUGUUUGUGUAGAAGACAACGGCUGUGGAAUGGACAGCAUCACACUGGCACGUCUUUUCGAGCCCUUUUUUACGACGAAGGCUGUGGGGGAAGGCACUGGCCUUGGCAUGUCAGUCGUGCACGGAAUCCUUCGCGAUCAUCAAGCAGCAAUUCGUGUCACAAGUAAGUUAGGAGCGGGCUCUUCAUUCAGCGUCAUUCUUCGACCUUCCGAAUCACAGUGCAGCGACGGUUUGGAGGCAGACGUUGUUAUGGAAGAAAUGUGUGAUGACGGACUCCUGACGCGUUUGAAACGAGAAACAACGAUUCUUCACGUGGAUGAUGAUGAGCUGAUCGGAUCAAUGGUUGAACGCAUGCUCACGAAGGCGGGUUUUCCCGCUCAUCACUAUCUGCAUCCCAAGAAGGCCCUGGAUGACGUUUGCUCUGGGGCAAUAGGCUACGACCUUGCCAUCCUUGACUACGCCAUGCCUGAGUUGGAUGGACUAAGCCUUGCCAAAGAGUUGCUUCGCCUACACCCUGGAAAACCAGUUGUCAUCACGACAGGAUUCAUCUCAGACGAUUUGAGAAAAAAUGCGCCAACCAUCGGCGUCUCGGAACUGAUUCCGAAGCCGAACACAGGAGCGCAGCUUCUCAAAACGAUUGAGCGGCUCGCUUUGCAACUGGCUCAGUCACGCGCCACAGGUGACUCUUCUCAGACUGUGCGAGUAGCCGAAAGCCCACCUCGUGCACCGUGUAGCGCAAAUCGCGUUGCAAGGUUUGAAACAGCUGGCGGUGGCGUGGCAAAAGACCAAUGCACCGGACGCCAUCAAGCACGGUGA